GGUUGGGGGCGUCCCGGGGGGCUCGGGACAUGGCGAGCUCGACUAACACAAACCCCGUGCCUAAAUUGUACAGGUCUGUAAUUGAAGAUGUCAUCAAUGAUGUUAGAGAAGUUUUUCUGGAUGAAGGAGUGGAUGAACAAGUUCUUAUGGAACUCAAAACACUGUGGGAGAACAAGCUGAUGCAGUCCAAGGCUGUAGAUGGCUUCCAUUCAGAAGAGCAGCAGCUUUUGUUGCAGGUGCAACAGCAGCAACAGCAGCAGCAGCAACAGCAGCAUCAUCACCACCACCAUCACACACAACCUCAGCCGCAGCAGACUGUGCAGCAGCAGUCUCAGCCACAACAGGUCCUUAUUCCAGCGUCUCAGCAAGCACCUCAGCAGCAGGUUAUUGUGCCAGAUUCCAAGCUGAUACCACACAUGAAUGCAUCAGGCAUGAGUGCUGCAGCCACUGCAGCUACAUUGGCUCUCCCUGCUGGUGUUACUCCUGUUCAGCAGAUACUUACAAAUUCAGGCCAGAUCCUCCAAGUAGUUAGAACUGCAAAUGGAGCUCAGUAUAUCAUUCAACCACAGCAGCCAGUUGUUCUACAGCAGCAGGUCAUACCGCAAAUGCAGCCUGGUGGAGUACAAGCACCUGUUAUACAGCAGGUUUUGGCUCCUAUCCCUGGAGGGAUUUCCCAGCAGACAGGAGUGAUUAUUCAGCCUCAGCAGAUCCUGUUCACAGGAAAUAAAACACAAGUCAUACCUACAACAGUGGCUGCCCCUACACCAGCUCAAGCACAGAUUCCUGCAGCCGGUCAGCAGCAACCUCAACAACAACAGGCACAACCUCAAGCACCACUUGUUCUGCAAGUUGAUGGAGCAGGGGACACAUCGUCUGAAGAAGAAGAAGAUGAGGAAGAAGACUAUGAUGAUGAUGAAGAGGAAGACAAAGAAAAAGAUGGGGGUGAAGAUGGCCAAGUUGAAGAGGAGCCUCUUAACAGUGAAGAUGAUGUGAGUGAUGAGGAAGGACAAGAACUGUUCGAUACGGAAAAUGUUGUUGUGUGCCAGUAUGAUAAGAUUCAUAGAAGUAAAAACAAAUGGAAAUUUCAUCUCAAAGAUGGCAUCAUGAAUCUUAAUGGAAGAGAUUAUGUAUUUUCCAAAGCCAUUGGGGAUGCAGAAUGGUGAAGUUUUAAAAGACAAAACAAAGGAAAAAAACUCUGUAAAAGGAAAAAAAAUCAAAAGAAGGAGAGGUUGAGACUUGGAUGUAUACUCCAAUCAAAAUGUGUAUCUGCACAUCAGAAAUAAACAAUAAACAGAAGUAUUGGAACAAAGGUAGAAUGUGGCAACAAAGACACUACUUCAGAUGAGCAAGCCAUGGACUGUAGCAGCUAUAGCAUUGUCUGGGAGCUGGUUUUGUGUGUUAGGAAUACCUUAAUUAUCAAUUCUACAUACAGGUACCUACAGCUGGUAUUUAGCAUGUAAGGCUUUGUUCCCCCCCCUUCUUCCCUUGAUUUAAGAUUUUAAAAUACUUCUUCCACUGAUUGAAGGAACUCUUCCCUUUGAUGGAUUAUUAAUCUGAAAAUGCUUAUUGUGUGUACAAAUCUUUGCUUUGAACACUUCCUUUUGGUAGUGAGGAUGGUCAGAAUGUUACUUAAACUGCGUGCAAGCUUUGUACAGAAGGGUAAGAAUUAAGGUGUUAAAAUUUAAAUAACUUGUAUAAGGAAAAUAUUUUUAAUUCUGAUAUGCUCAUUAAUUAUUAUAUCUGUUUGUUAUUUUCAAUUCAGUUCCCCAUAAAUAGGUUGUUGUUCCUAGCAGUU